CUAGGGUUUCCCCUCUCCCAGGCGCUCCCUCUCUACUGAUUAUAUGUAUAUACCAAUUUUCUCCUGAUAUCGUUCCGAUAUCGGAGAAACCCUACUCCGCUCCGCGGUUCUUGCGUUGAGCUCUCGCCCGGGCAAUGCGAAUUUCGAGAUGAAGCUCAAGAGGAAGCGAUCUGUGGAAGUGCCUCCAAAUAUAACUUCUUUCAUCAAUGUCGUCACUUCUGCUCCUCUUGAGAGCAUCGAAGAACCAUUAAAGAGUUUCGUCUGGGAAUUUGAUAAGGGGGAUUUUCAUCACUGGAUCGAUCUUUUCAACCAUUUCGACUUAUUUCUUGAGAAGUAUAUUAAACCAAGGAAAGAUUUAUUAAUCGAUGACAAUUUCGUUGAUGCUGAUCCUCCCUUUCCUCGGGAUGCAGUUCUGCAAAUUCUGCGAGUUACAAGAAUAAUAUUGGAGAACUGUACUAACAAGCACUUCUACAGCUCCUUCGAACAGCAUCUGUCAUGUCUUCUUGCUUCAACUGAUGCAGACAUUGUCGAGGCAAGCCUUCAGACACUGACGGCAUUUGUGAAGAGAUCAGUUGGAAAAUGUUCUAUACGUGAUGCAUCCCUGACUUCUAAAUUAUUUGCAUUUGCUCAAGGUUGGGGUUGCAAGGAAGAAGGCCUUGGAUUAAUCUCAUGCUGCUUACCUAGUGGGUGUGAUCCAAGUGCUGUUGAAGUUGGUUCCACGCUCCAUUUUGAGUUCUAUGCAACUGUCGACCAAUCAAGUGAGUCUAACGAUGCAGAAUGCUCAAAUCAUGGCCUUCAAGUUAUUCAUAUACCAAACAUUAGCUCUUAUAAUGAGAAUGAUCUUGAAAUUCUCGAUAAGUUGGUGAAUAAACACAAUGUACCUCUGAAUAUGCGGUUUGCGCUACUAACAAGAUUGAGAUUUGUGAGGGCUUUUGGGUCAUUAACAAAUCGGCUCCAAUAUAUAUGCAUCCAGUUAUAUGCCUUCAUAGUUCUUGUUCAGGCAAGCCAUGAUGCUGAAGACGUGGCAACAUUUUUCAACAAUGAACCUGAAUUCAGCAAUGAGCUCUUAUCAUUACUGAGCUAUGAUGAUGAGAUUCCUGAAAGGAUUAGGAUUUUGGGUAUCCUAGCGUUGGUUGCACUAUGCCAAGAUAGGUCCCACCAGUCUACAGUUUUGGCCUCUGUAACUACUGGGGGCCAUCGUGGAAUCCUUCCGAGUCUUAUGCAGAAGGCCGUGGAUUCUAUCACCAGCGGUUCCACAAAGUGGUCGAUUGUUUUUGCAGAAGCACUUUUAUCUCUUGUUUCCAUAUUGGUUUCGUCUACCUCUGGUUCUUUAGCUCUUCAAGAAGCAGGAUUCAUACCUACUAUCUUACCUCUGCUUAAAGAUACUAACCCACAGCACCUACACCUUGUUAGUACUGCAGUGCAUGUCAUUGAGGGUUUCUUGGAUUAUCACAACCCUUCUUCAGCCUUAUUUAAAGAUCUGGGCGGCCUUGAUGAGACUAUCGCACGCCUGAAGAUCGAAGUUGAGAAUGUUUCUUUGAAAUCCGAGGAUCAAUCUGAAUAUGAUAGGAAAGGAAAACAAAUUUGUGUGCAACAAUCUCUUUAUUCAGAUUCCUUGAUUUCAUACCAUCGGAGAUUGUUAAUGAAAGCUUUGCUCCGCACUAUAUCUCUCGCUACUUAUGUUCCUGGAAGCUCUGCACGAGUUGAAGGCUCAGAAGAAAGUAUAUUGCCACCAUGUUUGUGUACCAUUUUUAGGAGGGCAAAAGACUUUGGUGGUGGAGUAUUUUCACUAGCUGCUAAUGUAAUGAGUGAUCUUAUACACAAAGAUCCUACAUGUUUCCCCAUUCUUGAAGCAGCUGAUUUGCCUCGGGCUUUUAUUGAUGCUAUAAUGAGUGGUGUUCUCUGUAAUUCUGAUGCCAUCGCAUGCAUACCUCAGUGCUUGGAUGCAUUGUGUGUGAACACCAAUGGCCUUCAACUGGUGAGGGAUCAUAAUGCUCUUAGGUGUUUUGUGAAAGUUUUCACUUCGAGAUCAUAUUUGAGAGCUCUUAGUGUAGAUACAACUGGGGCAUUGUCUAAUGGAUUGGAUGAGCUAGUUCGCCAUGCUUCUUCUCUCCGCACCUCAGGUGUUGAUAUGCUUGUUGAGAUUUUGACUGCUAUUUCGAGAAUUGGGUCGGGAUCUGACUCUGUUUCAGUUCCCAUGGAGACUGAUGAGGGAGAAGUAUCAAAAAUUGGCAGUUCAGAGCAGAUUAUUGAGCCGUCUUCAGAUGGAUCAUCUGUGACAAUCGAGACUUUUCUUCCCGAGUGUAUCUCCAAUGUUGCUCGCCUUCUUGAAUCGGUUCUUCAAAAUGCUGAUACGUGCCGUGUCUUUAUUGAGAAAAAGGGAAUAGAAUCUGUCCUCAAGUUAUUCACAUUGCCUUUACUUCCUACCUCUGCGUCUAUUGGUCAGAGCUUAUCUGUUGCAUUUAAAAACUUCUCACCUCAGCAUUCAAUUUCUUUGGCAAGGGUCAUGUGCACCUGUUUUAGAGAACAUCUUAAAUUGACAAAUGAAUUGUUGGGUGUGGUUUCGGGAACCAUGCUUGCUGAUAUUGAAUUGGCUAAACAGCAAGAGAUCUUGAGGUGCCUUUCUAGUCUAGAAGGGCUGCUCUCACUUGCCAAUGUUCUGUUGAAAGGAUCGACUUCUAUGAUCACUGAGUUGGCAGCUGGAGAGGUUGAUAUCUUGACUGACUUGGGGAAUGUUUACAAGGAAAUAACGUGGCAAAUCUUUUUAUCUCGGGAUUCUCCAGCAGAGGAGAAGCAAGAUAAUACUGAUCGUGAUGCUGGGACAGGUGGAGAAGUUUCUUCUUCUUCGUUGUCCAGUACUAUCGCAAGGGAAAGUGACGACGAUGGAAGAAUUGUUCCAGUUUUGAGGUACUCAAGUGCUACAAGAAAUGGUAAUGCUUCUAAUUGGAGUUUUGACCAGGAUUUUGUCUCUGUGGUACGUUCUGGUGGAAGUAUUCAUCGCCAUGGGAGACAUGCUUUGUCGCGGAUUCGUGGUGGAAGAUUUAGUCGGCAUCUUGAUGCAUCACAUGCCGAUACAGAGGGCUCCCUCUCCACACUGGAGGAGUCUUUGGUUCAAGAUUCAACUAGAAAGAGGAGCCCGGAUGUUUUGGUUGCAGAAGUUCUUGCGAAACUUGGUUUCACUAUCCGUAGCUUCCUCUCUUCUCUCAUCAAAGGAUUACCAGCUCGUCGAAGGACUGAUUCCAACCUCAGUCCUGCUGCUAAGAGCCUUGUUACUGCUCUUGCACAGCUCUUUCAUUCAGCUCUAAGCUUCUCUGGAUAUUCUACCACUGGCUUUGAAAUGUCUUUAUCUGUGAAAUGCCGCUAUCUUGGAAAAGUAGUAGAAGACAUGGCGUCACUUAUCUUCGACAGCAGACGCCGUUCAUGCAAUGCGACACUGGUCAAUUGUUUCUACGUCAAGGGAACAUUUAAGGAGCUUCUUACUACAUUUGAGGCCACCAGUCAUUUAUUGUGGACUCUGCCUUUCUCUAUGCCACCUUCUGUGCCUGAUCAAGUAGAGACUUGUGUAGAUGAGAAGAAAGUUUGCAACAGUUCAUGGCUUUUGGAUACACUGCAAAGCUAUUGCAGGCUAUUGGAGUAUCAUGUGAAUUCAUCAUUGCUAUUAUCCCCAUCACCAUCUCAGGGUCAGCUGCUGGUUCAACCUGUUGCAACUGAAUUAACAAUUAAUCUUUUUCCUAUACCGAGGGACCCGGAAGGAUUUAUUCGUAUGCUGCACUCCCAAGUUCUUGAAAUAGUACUUCCCGUGUGGAAUCAUCCCAUGUUUCCUAAUUGUGAUCCUGCUCUAAUUACUUCCUUGGUCUCUAUACUUAAUCACAUAUACUCGGGUGUUGGGGAUUUGAAUAAUAAUCGUAGUGGGUUUGGAAGUAACAUUCAGAGACUCACUAGCCCCCCUCUUGAUGAAUCAGUUGUUGCUACCAUAGUUGAGAUGGGCUUUAGUAGAGCUCAGGCUGAGGAAGCUUUGAGGAGCGUGGGGACAAAUAGUGUUGAGAUGGCGACAGAUUGGUUGUUUAGCCAUCCUGAGGAGUCUAUUCAGGAGGAUGUACAGCUUGCUCAGGCGCUUGCUUUAUCACUUGGAAAUUCCACAGAAACAUCCAAGGAGGAUGCUGGUGAUAAGAAUAUGAAUGCAUUUACUGAAGAAAGAAAGGUAGAGGCGCCCGCUUUGGAUGAUAUGCUUGCUUCAUCGAUGAAGCUCUUCAGUUGUAGCGAUUUGGUUGCUUUUUCAUUGACAGAUUUGCUAGUGACGCUUUGCAACCGUAACAAAGGGGAGGACCGUGCAAAGGUGGUUGUUUAUCUUGUUCAGCAGCUGAAGCUAUGUCCAUCUGAUUUCUCCAGAGAUACAGGUUCUUUAUAUCCCAUCUCACACAUAUUGGCUUUGCUUCUAAACGAAGAUAGCAGUGUACGUGAAAUUGUUGCAGAGAAUGGUCUUGUUCCUGUUGUACUCGACAUAUUGAAUAACUACACAGUGAGGAAUAUUAAUGUUUCAGCCAAUGAGAGUCCGGCAACUAAGGCUUUGAGUGCUUUGCUGUUAAUACUCGAUACUAUGUUACAAAUGAAAUCCACUUCGGAGAACUCUGACAGGUCUUCUAAAUCAUUAUCUGACUCAUCUAGAUCGGCGGCCCCUCACCUGGCAAGUCAUUCAUCUGCAGCCAAGGAGAAGUCUGCAGCGGAGAGUGUUGAGAAAGAAUCCAGUGAUGAGCUCGAGAAGAUCUUGGGGAAAUCUACUGGCUAUCUGACUCUUGACGAUAGCAAAAGAGCUCUUUCCAUUGCUUGUCAUCUCAUAAAGCAGCAUGUGCCAGCAAUAGCUAUGCAGGCUGUUCUACAGCUAUGUGCACGCCUAACGAAAGUACACUCUCUAGCUAUAAAGUUCCUUGAACGUGGAGGAUUAUCUACUCUCUUUAGCCUCCCCAAAAGCUGUAUUUUUCCUGGUUUUGAUAGCUUGGCCUCUGCUAUUAUCCGCCACCUCAUUGAAGACCCUCAAACUCUUCAGGCCGCUAUGGAAUUAGAGAUAAAGCAAACCCUAAGUGGGAGCCUUAGUAGGUAUGGCGGCCGUUUAUCUCCCCGCUCGUUUUUGACUUCUAUGGCACCUGUGAUAUCAAGAGACCCAGCAAUCUUUAUGAGAGCGGCUGCUUCAGUUUGCCACAUAGAUUCUUCAGGGGGAAGGACAAAUGUGGUCUUGUUAAAGGAUAAAGAGAAAGACAAGGCGAGAGUGUCUGCCACUGAAAGUGCAGUUCCAUCCAAUAAUGAGCCAAUUCGUUUGCCUGAGAAUAGAACAAAUGAUACACCUGGGAAAUGCUUACGAGGUCAUAAAAGGGUUCCACCCGCUACUCUAUCUCAAGUGAUCGAGCAGCUUCUGGAAAUUGUUAUGAGCUACACUUCACGAUAUGAUAAUUGUGUAAGCGCUACAUUUAUGGAAAUUGAUGAGCCCAAUACAAAGGAAAAAGGUAAGUCAAAAGUUGAUGACGAGACAAAGAACAUGGAAAGUAGUUUUCUCUCAGAGGGGUCUGCAUGGGUAGCAAAAGUGACUUUUGUCCUCAAGCUGAUGACUGAGAUACUUCUCAUGUAUGCACAUGCUGUGGGUAUAAUACUGAAACGGGACAUGGAAGUAAGCCAACUAGGUGGUCAGAGUGGGAUAGUGCAUCAUAUACUGCACCAGUUGCUUCCAUUGUUAAUGGAAAAGUCAGCUGAAACCUCAGAUGAGUGGAAGGAGAAGCUAUCUGAAAAGGCAUCUUGGUUCCUGGUAGUGUUAUGCGGAAGAUCUAUGGAAGGGCGUAGACGUGUUAUUGGUGAAAUUGUAAAAGCAUUUUCUCCCCUUUUAGACUCAGCAUCCAGUUCCUCUAAAGGCUUAAUACCUGAAAGAAAGGUUUUGGCUUUUCUUGAUCUGGUGAAUUCUAUUUUGUCGCGAAACACUUCUUCAUCUAGUGACUUGCCUGGUCUUGGAUGCUCACCGGAUAUUGCUAAAGCAAUGCUGGAUGGAGGAAUGGUGCAAUGCCUUUCCCGUCUACUUCAAGUGAUCGAUUUUCACCACCCAAAUGCUCCCAAAUCUGUGAAUUUAAUACUCAAAGCUUUAGAGGCUCUGACCGGUGCUGCCAAUGCUGGUGAUCAAAUGCUUAAGUCAGAUCGGUCCAUUCAUAAGGGAAAAUCUAUGACAGGUUCCCAGGAAAGUAACGAAACUGGGGCUCAAACCAGAAAUGAAGCUGCAAACCUCGACCAGAAUGUGAGUUUUCAACAUCAAGAAGCUGAUGCUGUCCGAACAGCAGAGCCAGGACAGCGGGUUCAGGAACCAUCUGUGAAUGACAGGGAACAAACUGUAAGUGAAAAUCAGCCCAGAGAGCAGGAUAACACUGCUGCUGGCCCACCAGUUGAACAAGGGGUUAUGGAGUUCAUGCAGGAGGAAAUUGGCGAUGGUGAUGUAAUGCAGAAUAGAAACGAAGUUGAUGAUGACAUGGGCGAGGAAGAUGAUGAGGAUGUUGGCGAGGAUGGUGAGGAUGAUGAUGAGGAUGAUGACGAGGACGAUGAUGAGGAUAUAGCAGAGGAAGGAGCUGGCUUGAUGUCGUUAGCUGAUACUGAUGUGGAAGACCAUGAUGACGCUGGUAUGGCUGAUGAAUAUAACGAUGACAUGAUCGAUGAGGAGGAUGAUGAUUUUCCUGAGAACCGUGUUAUAGAAGUGAGGUGGAGGGAAGGCUUAGGCAACGGUUUAGAUCAGCUGCGAAUCUCGAGGGGGCACGGAAAUGCUAGUGGUUUUAUCGAUAUCGCUGCAGAAUCGUUUCAGGGUGUGGAAGCCGAUGACAUGUACCAUCUGCACAACCCGUUUGGUAUAGAACGCCGCCGUCCGAAUGCUAGCAGAUCUUUCAUUGAGCGAUCACGGUUUAAUGGAAAUGCCUUUCAACAUCCAUUACUCAUUAGACCAUCUUCAUCAGGGGAACAACUGACCUCUAGAAACAUGGACACGUUGUCAUUUGGGAAUUUAGAUGGAGCCCACUUCUACAUGUUAGAUGCUGGAUUUCCAUCAGAUGCUUUUGGUGAUCGUUUCGUUGGAGCACCACCUCCAUCAUCAUUCAUUAACUUUGCAUUUGGUACGGACUCGGGGCAUAUAGCAGGAAGAAGAGGUUCUGGGGAUAAUCGUUGGACUGAUGAUGGCCAGCCUCAGGCCAGCAGUAAUGCUGCUGCUAUUGCACAGGCAAUCGAGGAUCAGUUUGUGUCACAGUUACGUGGUGUGGCUGCUACUGUUGAUGACGCUCCUUUGCAUGGGGAGAAAACAGAGCAAGCUGGAGAGCAGGAUAGUCAGCAAUCAGCACCAUCAAAUGUAGACAACCAAGUACCUGCAACAGUCGAUAUUCCAUCUCAACUAAGUGGAGAUAUUCCAUCCCAAGCUGCUUUUGCCAGUGGAAUGAUUGAUGUGCACUCAGUUGCUUCUGCAGCAGAGGAUCAAACAAAUCCAGAGACAAGGCAGCAAUUACUUGAUGACUUGAACAUCGUGCAUGAUGGUAGUGAGAUGAUGCACUGUGAUGAAAGGCAUGGGGAGGAAGUGGGCCUGAUCACGAAUAUACCAUUGGAUCAUCCCAUGCAAGAUGGACCUGAUCUACCUGCUGAAGCCCGAGAAAAUGAACUGGAAAAUGAUACUAGAGAUGCGCCAUCUGGUGUAGAGAGCCAUUCGAGCUGUGUUGCCCUCAUCUCUUCAGGCUCGGCAACAGUAACAGAGCAGAGUGAUGCCCAUGCUGGUUCAGCCGCUGCGAGUGCUGAUGUUGAGAUGAAUGGCGUAGAUGCUGCUGGGGUCGAAGACUCUGCACUACCUGCUUCAAUUGGAGAUGGUAGAAAUGGAGGAGUUCCACAAGAGGCUAGCCUGAUUGAGCAAGCCAAUACCAAUAAUGGGGCUUCAAGCGCAAAUGAAAUUGACCCUACUUUCUUGGAAGCACUUCCAGAGGAUCUCCGUGCGGAAGUGCUGGCUUCACAGCAAGCUUCACAGCAAAACCACUCCACUCAAGCUACAACAUAUACUCCACCAAGGGCAGAGGAGAUUGAUCCUGAGUUUUUAGCAGCUCUUCCACCAGACAUUCAAGCUGAAGUUUUGGCCCAACAGAGGGCGCAAAGGUUGUCUCAGCAAGCUGAAGGACAACCGGUUGAUAUGGAUAAUGCUUCAAUUAUAGCUACUUUUCCUCCUGAGUUGCGCGAAGAGGUGCUUUUGACUUCAUCAGAGGCUGUUCUAUCGGCAUUACCUUCAGCUUUAAUUGCUGAAGCCCAAAUGCUAAGGGACCGAGAAUUCAACCGUUAUCAUGCUCGUGGAAACCUCUUUGGAGGCAGCCACAGAUUUGGUAGUAGGAGAUUGACGGUCGACAGGCAGACUGUGAUGGAUAGAGGAGUUGGAGUAACAAUAGGUAGAAGGGUAGUUUCUGGAACGGUGAACAGUUCUAAGAGUAAAGACGUUGAGGGAAUGCCUCUUUUGGAUUCAGAUGCUUUGAAAGCUCUAACUCGUCUGUUAUGGUUGGCCCAGCCUGUCAGCAAAGGCCUUCUCCAAAGAGUUUUGUUAAAUCUGUGUGCUCAUAGUGUUACGCGUGGUAUUCUGAUAGGCUUUUUAAUAGAUAUGGUUAGAUCUGAAGUUGAUGGACCUGGUAAUUCAAGUACAACAACAACCCAGAGGCUCUAUGGCUGUCAGUGGAAUGUUGUCUAUGCCCGACCUCAAUCCUCUAAUGGUCUUCCUCCCCUUGUUUCCAGGCGGCUUCUGGAGAUUCUGACAUAUCUGGCGAGAAAUCAUUCUUCUGUUGUUGAUAUUUUGUUCUAUUUUAAUCCUUCAUCAGCCAUAGGCCCCUCAACUACCAUUGGCAUGGAGAAGGGAAAAGAGAAAAUCUUUGAGGAAGGGGCUUCAUAUGAUGCGCUGGGGACGCCAUCCAAGUAUCAUAUGCCUCUACUAUUGUUUCUGAAGCUCCUUAAGACACCUUUAUUUUCACGCAGCAAUGCACAUGUUGAGCAGGUCAUGUGCUUGCUUCAAGUGGUUGUAAACAAUGCUGUCUCCAAAGUUGACAACCUGUCACGGUCGGGACAAGCUGCAGGCAUCUCUGAGGCACAAUUAGCAAAUGGGGCAUUGUCUAAUUCCCAAAUAGAUUCUUCCACUCAAGAGCAGGAACACAGUAAGGAUCUUGAUCAGUGCCCUAAUGCUGAGGUGACACCAUCCUCGGGUGCCAAACAAUCUGUAAACCUGUAUGACAUUUUGGUGCAGCUUCCAGAGUCAGACUUGUGCAACUUGUGCAGAAUUCUUGCACUCGAGGGACUUUCAGAUAAAGUAUAUUCACUUGCUUCUGAAGUAGUGAAGAAGUUGGCCUCUGUUGCUGCCACCCACCGAAAGUUCUUUCAACUGGAGCUAGCAAAUUUAGCUGGUAGCUUAAGUUCAUCAGCAGUUGUGGAGCUCGUAAGUUUGAAGAAAACCCAAAUGCUUGGGCUUGGUUCUUCAUCUUCGGCAGGUGCAGCGAUCUUGCGCAUGUUGCAAACCCUAAUUAUACUGACUUCCAUUAAUAGCAGAAAGGGCAAAGAGCUUGAAGAGGAACAGGUGGAGCACUCUGUACUUGGGGACUUAAAUGUAUCGCUUGAACCUCUAUGGCAAGAAUUAAGCGAUUGCAUUAGCACGACAGAGGCGAAGCUAGGACAGAAUUCGACCUCUGCACCAAUUUCAGAUGUUGUAGACGUCAGUGGUUCUUCCUCUCCUUCCCGGCCUCUUCCUCUUGGCACACAGCAGUUGUUGCCAUUUAUAGAGUCUUUCUUUGUUCUUUGCGAGAAGCUUCAAACAAGCCAAACCAUCUCACAUCCAGACAGCAAUGUAACGGCAAGAGAAGUCAAAGAAUAUUGUGGGACGUUGUCGUCACCAUCCCAGAAGAGCAGUGGGAACGUGAAUAUGACUUUCUCUAGGGUGGCGGAGAAACAUCGCCGCCUUCUCAAUGUUUUUAUUCGGCAAAACCCUAGUUUACUGGAAAAGUCACUUUCAAUGAUGUUGAAAGUACCAAGGCUAAUUGAUUUUGACAACAAGAGAGCGUAUUUCCGUUCGCGCAUCAGGCAACAGCAUGACCAGCACCACUCUGCUCCUUUACGGAUAAGCGUUCGGCGGGCGUAUGUGUUGGAGGAUUCAUAUAACCAGUUGCGGUUGCGCCGUACACAGGACCUUAAGGGACGAUUGAGUGUGCAAUUUCAAGGAGAAGAGGGGAUUGAUGCUGGCGGUUUGACUAGGGAAUGGUAUCAAUUACUUUCUAGAGUUAUAUUUGAUAAAGGUGCUUUGCUUUUCACUACAGUGGGGAACAAUGCAACUUUCCAGCCUAACCCCAACUCUGUCUACCAAACGGAGCAUCUAUCGUAUUUCAAGUUUGUUGGCCGUGUGGUUGCCAAAGCAUUAUUUGAUGGUCAGCUGUUGGAUGUUCAUUUCACUCGCUCUUUUUACAUGCACAUCCUGGGUGUUAAAGUAACUUAUCAUGAUAUAGAAGCUGUUGAUCCUGAUUAUUACAAGAACUUGAAGUGGAUGCUUGAGAAUGAUGUUAGUGACAUCCCUGAUUUGACAUUUAGUAUGGAUGCCGACGAAGAAAAACACAUCCUUUAUGAAAAAAAUGAGGUUACUGAUUAUGAGCUAAUACCUGGGGGAAGAAAUAUCAGGGUAACUGAAGAAACAAAGCAUGAAUAUGUGGACCUUGUCGCAGAACAUAUAUUGACAAAUGCCAUUCGUCCUCAAAUUAAUGCCUUCCUGGAAGGCUUCACUGAAUUAGUUCCCAGGGAUCUUAUUUCAAUAUUCAACGACAAGGAGCUUGAGCUUCUGAUUAGUGGACUUCCGGAGAUUGAUCUUGAUGAUCUGAAAGCAAAUGCGGAAUACACUGGAUACACAGCUGCAUCUGCUGUUAUUCAGUGGUUCUGGGAAGUCGUCAAGUCAUUUAGCAAGGAAGACAUGGCUAGAUUACUGCAAUUUGUCACGGGAACAUCGAAGGUUCCUUUGGAGGGAUUUAAAGCAUUGCAAGGUAUUUCAGGCCCUCAGAGGUUUCAAAUUCACAAAGCAUAUGGUGCUCCCGAGAGGCUUCCAUCUGCUCAUACAUGUUUCAAUCAGCUGGACCUGCCGGAGUACACCUCCAAGGAACAGUUAGAAGAACGCUUGCUUCUCGCCAUCCAUGAAGCUAGCGAAGGUUUUGGAUUUGGCUAAGAAACUGUGCUCCCAGAAACUAGCUAGAGAGAGAGCAACCCGCGUUCUCUUUCAUGUACAGGUUUCAAAGGAGAUCAGAUAAGAGUUCAUAACGGAAGCCUAUGCAUCCGAAAUGAUUCGAACGAAGUAAAUUGGCAAACCUACAAAUUUCCUGCUCUCUAACGUCGAGAACUCCCAGGUGUCAGGACGCAUGUUUUGGACUCCGGGCAUCAGCAGAACCAACCGCUCACUGUUUCUCUCUUUUCUCUUCAGCUAUCUUAUUAGUUAGCUUGAGGUUUUGAGAGUAAUGUAAAUGAAAAACGGACGGCCUUUUACUUGUUUUGUAUAUUUUUUUUCUUUGCCCUUUUAACUGCUGCAGAGAUUGUGAUUAGGGUGCAGCAUGUUUUGAAUUUGGCUGGUUAUAUAGUAAUUGUUCUCAUUUGGUUA